AUGCUUGGGCGUGCCCCUUCAACUAUUAUUACUGAUGAUGACAAAGCUAUGGCUAAGGCCAUUGCAGAGGUACUCCCAAAUACAACUCACCGGUUAUGCUUGUGGCAUAUUUUACAAAAAUUUCCAGAACAUUUGGCACAAGUCUAUAACAAGUUUCCAGACUUUCAAAAAGAGUUCCAUCAUUGUAUCCAUGAUACAAUAACAGUUGAUGAGUUUGAGGAGGAAUGGGUUACCAUACUAGUGAAGUAUGGUCUAGUAGGUAAUGAUUGGCUGCAAAAUCUUUACAACCGACGAGAGAAGUGGGUUCCAGCUUAUUUGCGAACCACAUUUUGUGCCGGUAUGUCAACCACACAAAGGAGCGAGAGCAUGAAUAAAUUUUUCAAGGAUUACGUGCGAUCAAGCACGAUGGUGAGUGACUUUGUGCAUCAGUACGAGAAAGCAUUAGAUGCACGCUAUUUUAAGGAGAAAGAGAAGGAUGUAAGAACAAAAUCGAGUAGGCCGGUUUUGAAAACAUGUUGGGGAAUUGAAGAAGAAGCAGUCAAAGUGUAUACAAGGAAGUCCUUCAGUAUCUUUCAAGCUGAGCUAUUCAAUUGCCAACGGUACAAAGCAACAAAAGUUCAGACUGAGGGUGAAAGUAAGAUGCAUAUCCUAUGUGUCUUCAUGAAGAAAUCAAAUUUAGAUUGUUUGCCACCUAACUAUGUUCUUGAAAGAUGGACCAUAAACGCUAAGAGUCGAGCUAUCCGUGAAAUAUCAAAUUAUGAGGGCCAUAUUUCAAAUGGAGAAGAUCAGAUAAUGCGAAAAAGUCAUUUGAUGAUGCAGUUUUAUGACAUUGCAGAACUUGGCUCACAAUCAAGGUUUCAAAUGGAACAUCUUUCUCUUGCCUUGGACAAGGUACACAAGGAGUUGCUUUUGAUGGAUACCAUGGGAGAACAAAAUCUAGAAGCCGGAGACAUGUCAUGCUAUGGAAAGAUAUCGAUUCACCAACCCCAUUCCUCUGGAAAUUCAACCACUGGUGGUGGCUUAUUGGCCAGUGUUGCUGUUGCUGCUGUUGGACUUACAUAUCAAUCCGUUAAUGAUGUGUUAUUUUAUCUGAAUUUUUUCAUAGGAGACUCCCAAAUAUUGCAUAAUACUCCUGUAGUUUGA